AUGCGUGCUGCCGUGCGCAACGCACACGCGCUGCGUACUGUGUCUAAUACACGUCGCGCAGCGAUCAGUGUUGCUCAGCGCACGCUCACAACGAGCUGCGCGCGCGCAGAAGAGCACGAGUCGCCCUGGGGCAUCAACUCCCUCAGAAAGUUCACCGAGGAAGAAGUCAUGCUCCGCGAUGCCGUGCGCCGCUUUGCCGAGAACGAGGUGAAGCCGCGCGUGGAAAAGAUGGACGAGGAGGAAAAGAUGGACCCCAAAAUUAUCCAGGGCCUCUUUGAGCAGGGCCUUAUGGCGGUGGAGACGGAUCCCGAGCUGGGUGGUGCUGGCUUUAGCUUCACUGCCGCGGUCAUUGUGAUUGAGGAGCUUGCCAAGAUUGAUCCAUCUGUCUCUGUGCUUUGCGAUGUGCACAACACGCUCGUCAACACCGUCCUGCGCAAGUACGCCAGCGAACAUCUGCGCAACAAGUACAUGCCGCGUCUCUCGAGCGACAUGCUCGGCUGCUUCUGUCUCUCCGAGCCUUCGUCUGGCUCGGAUGCAUUUGCUAUGAAGACCAGCGUGAAGAAGAGCAGCGAUGGAAAGCACUACAUUAUCAACGGCUCCAAGAUGUGGAUCACCAACUCUGGCGAGGCCGAGUUUUUCAUCGUGUUUGCCCAGGGCGACCCCUCCAAAGGAUACAAAGGUAUCUCUGCCUUUGCCGUAGAGAAAGACAUGGGCGUCAACAUCGGCAAAAAGGAAAGCAAACUCGGUAUUCGCGCCAGCAGCACCUGCACGGUCAACUUUGACGAAAUCAAGGUGCCUGUCGAAAAUCUGAUUGGCGAGGAGGGCCGCGGCUACAAGAUCGCCAUCGAGAUUCUCAACGAGGGCCGUGUCGGUAUCGGUGCACAGAUGGUCGGUCUUGCCGAGGGCGCGUUUGAGCGCGCACUUGCGUACACAUUCGAGCGCGAGCAGUUCGGCAAGCCCAUCUCUUCUUUCCAGGGCAUGCAGUUCCAGAUCGCCCAAGUUGCGACGGAGAUUGAGGCUGCGCGCGAUAUGGUGUACAACGCCGCGCGUCUCAAGGACGAAGGCCAUCCGUUUACCAAGGAGGCUGCCAUGGCCAAGCUGUUUUCCUCGCAGGUUGCGCAGCGUGCCGCUGGCUACGCAAUCGAGUGGGCCGGUGGCCAGGGCUUCACGCGCGAGCAGGGCAUUGAGAAGUACUGGCGCGACAGCAAGAUCGGUGCGAUUUACGAGGGCACGAGCAACAUCCAGCUCAACACCAUUUUUAACCUUGUCGCCAAAGACAAGGGGCUCAAGUAA